AUGCAGAUUCACUGUGCAGUUGGCCCAGCAACAUUCACAGACACAGAGCAGCCCGUAUCACUAGUCAUGGCUUCCGGCGGCUUUGACCCUUACUUUCCUUCUACUUACAAGAAGAGAGUAGUUGUGCGCAGUGGAGGAUAUGGGGCUGGUGGAGGAGUAGGAGCUAGGUCUGCCUAUUCCACCCACUCUGUCCCAGUAACUUCCUUUGCAUCUUCACGCAGAAGUUACCCAACACACACCCGGGCUACUUCCAGCUACCACACCAUACUUUCUGCGCCUGUGUCUGCAGCUGCUCCUGAGCUACGCCUUGACCAAGCAGCCCAAGUCAGUUCUGAGUUCAAAACAUUGAGGACCCAGGAGAAGGCUCAACUGCAGGACCUGAAUGACCGCUUUGCAAGCUUCAUUGAGAGGGUCCAUGAACUUGAGCAGCAGAACAAGUUGCUGGAGACUGAACUCCUGCUGCUCAGGCAGAGGCAGACAGAGCCAUCCAACCUUCGGGCUCUGUAUGAGCAUGAGAUCCGCCAGCUCCGUGCAGCUGUAGAAGAGGCCCGUCAUGAGAAGCAAGCUGCCCAGGACCACAGGGAUCAGAUGGAGAAUGUGCUCACGAACCUGCAAAAACGAUAUGAGGAGGAAGUGCUUGGUAGAGAGGAAGCUGAGGGCAGGCUCAUGGAUGCCAGGAAGACAGCAGAUGAAGCUGCACUGGGCCAGGCUGAGCUUGAGAAACGAGUUGAGACCCUGCUGGAGGAGCUGGCCUUCCUGAAGCGUCUCUGUGAGAGUGAGAUUGCAGAGCUGCAGGCCCAAAUACAGUACAGUGCAGAGGUGUCAGUGGAGAUGGAGGUCGCCAAACCAGAUCUGUCUGCUGCACUUCGUGACAUCCGAAUGCAGUACGAGAAGCUGGCACAGCGCAACCUUCAGUCAGCUGAAGAAUGGUUCUGCAAUAAGAUGAAUGUCAUGACAGUGGGCGCCGCUCACAAAACGGAGAGUGCACGCAGUGCCAAAGAUGAAGCUGGAGAGUACCGUCGGUUGCUUAAAGCCAGAACGCUGGAGAUUGAUGCCUGCCGUGAGAUGAACCAAGCUCUGGAAUACCAACUACAGGAAGUGGAGGAGAAACAGAGUGCUGAGAUCUCUGCGCUGCAGGAUACAAUAUGUGAACUGGAAGAAGAGUUGAGGGCAAACAAGAAUGACAUGGCUCGCUACUUGAAAGAUUACCAGGACCUCCUGAAUGUAAAGAUGGCACUUGAUAUUGAAAUUGCAGCAUACAGAAAGCUCCUUGAAGGGGAAGAGAAUCGUUUGAAUGUGGCAGGACCAACUUCUGUCACUGCUUACUCCCAAGCCAUGUAUGCUACUCCAUCAUAUGGAAGAACACAGGUCUCCUUGCAGUCUCUGCUGAGGUCCCGCUUGUAUACUUCAUCACUAUCCACAGAGGAGACAAUAUCCGCAAGCCAAGCACAGCAGGCAGAGGCUAGCCCUCCUCAAGAGGAGGAAGAAGAGCAGGUGGAAGAGGAAGAGAAAGUGGAAGAAGAAAAGGAGGAAGAAGAGGGAGAGCAGGAAGAAGAGGGGGAAGAAGAGGAGGGGACAGCAGAGAAGGAAGAAGGAGACGAAGAAGAGGGAGAGAAGGAGGAAGCGGCAGAUGCAGAAGAGGCUGAGAAGGAUGGAGAAGAAGAAGACGAGGGGGAAGGAGGAGAGGACAGCCAACCCCAAGAAGGAGAAGAAGAAGAUGCUGAGCAGAAAGAAAAAGAGGGUGAUGAAGAGGGUGAGAAGGAGGAAGAAACCGAAAAAGAAGAUGAGGUGGAGGCUGGAGACCAAAAUGGAAAAACAACAGAUAAAAAAGUUUAACUUUACAUGUUUUAAAAACAAACUGCUAGCCUGUAGCUAAAGGAUGUUUGAAAUCCUCUGGUGCUCCUAUGUCCUCACAUGUCUCAUUCAAACCAAAUGAAAAUCUCUUAAAAAGUGUUGGUGAACUUCACCUCUGUAUGGUCGACAUGAAAGCCUGAAAGCAUGUAUGCACGUGUAAACUCUGCAAAAGAAAAAAACUAAACAAAACAUGAAAAAACGUGCAAAGACAAGAUGUGUCAGGAGUAGGAAUUCUGCUUAGUGGAGAAAUGUUUGCCGGUGCUUUACUUUAAUCAAAAUAUGCUUAUGUAACUGCCUAUAUGUGCAAUAGCCUUAAAUCAAGUCUGUACCAAAUGUUUCAAGUCCAUGAUGUGCUGCAUUGAACUCCAAUAAAGCCUAGAAGCCUUCUCAACCAGACGCUAGCUCCAGGAUUUUCAUAUUUACACAUGAAAACAAACAUUUGCAUGUAACAUUUAGCAUUAAUAAAUGCAUAAACAGAAAAUUA